AUGGCGCUUGAUAGCUAUUACCGGAACAAGAUAGAGAGCAUGAAGCUCGAGAUCAUUCAGGGCCAGGCCGUUCUUAGGCGGUUAGAGGCGCAAAGGAAUGACUACAACUCUAGAGUCAGGUUGUUGCGGGAAGAGCUGGGUCUUUUGCAGCAGCCAGGCUCCUAUGUCGGUGAAGUGGUCAAGGUCAUGGGUACCAAAAAGGUCCUGGUCAAGGUCCACCCUGAAGGGAAAUACGUGGUUGAUAUUGCGGACGGUGUCGACAUAGCAAAGCUAACCGUCGGAAAACGAGUGUCACUCCUGUCCGAUACUUACAAGUUAGAGAAGAUGCUGCCGUCCUCUGUCGAUCCUCUGGUGUCUUUGAUGAUGGUCGAAAAGGUGCCAGAUAGUACCUAUGAUAUGAUCGGUGGACUGGACCAGCAGAUCAAGGAGAUCAAAGAAGUUAUCGAGCUGGGCCUCAAGCACCCUGAGCUAUUUGAGUCCCUCGGGAUCGCACAGCCCAAGGGUGUGCUUCUGUAUGGGCCUCCAGGGACGGGCAAGACGCUACUUGCGCGAGCGGUUGCACACCAUACAGACUGCAAGUUCAUCCGAGUCAGCGGUUCCGAGCUCGUACAAAAAUAUAUUGGUGAGGGAAGUAGGAUGGUUCGAGAGCUUUUCGUCAUGGCCCGAGAGCACGCUCCCAGCAUUAUAUUCAUGGACGAGAUCGAUAGUAUUGGCUCUAGUCGAGUAGAGGGAAGCAGUGGUGGAGACUCGGAGGUACAACGCACCAUGCUGGAACUUCUCAAUCAGCUUGACGGAUUCGAACCAACGAAGAAUAUAAAGAUCAUUAUGGCUACCAACCGGCUGGACAUACUCGACCCAGCACUUCUCCGGCCCGGCAGGAUAGACAGGAAGAUUGAAUUCCCUCCACCCUCGUACGUACUUAUUGUAGACUCCGCCCUCCCACACCCCAAUUUGAAGGCUAACUUGAUGCUUUUAUUUGUCCACUAUAGUGUCGAAGCCAGAGCUGACAUUCUCCGCAUCCACUCGCGCUCGAUGAACCUAACGCGUGGCAUUAACCUGACAAAGAUUGCAGAGAAAAUGAACGGCUGCUCUGGUGCUGAACUCAAGGGAGUAUGUACCGAAGCGGGCAUGUACGCCUUGCGAGAACGAAGAGUACAUGUUACGCAGGAGGACUUUGAUCUUGCAACAGCCAAGGUUCUCAAUAAACACGAUGACAAGGAGGUCAGUCUCGGCAAGCUGUGGAAAUAA